GUGUGUUGAUCGAGGUUGGGAGGAUGCCAUCACCACAUCUGGGCCGGGCUGUUGAGCCGGGAGGGUAGGAGAAAGCAUUCACUCGGGUGGGGGGAAAAGGGAGGAUUGGUUCACCGGGAAGGUUUCAUUGUGGUGGUGGUUUGGGGUGGGGUGAGGUGAGGUGGAGAGUGUUAGGAAGGUUGUUUUUGCUGGUUCAGUGCCGGGCGAGGCUGGUGAUGAUGUCGAAGGCCGGUAGCAGCCUCCGUGAUGCCGUUUGAGGAUAUUGGCACCCUGACAGUCACUUCCCAGCCUCACCACGUAAGGCCAGAGCAGCAUGAUUGGGUCCCAGUUCGAUUCAAACCUCAGCCAAAGUUUUGGUCACUAACCCAGGCAGCUCAAUUCGAGCUUGGAAAGAACGGCGGUCAUGCAGGCCGCAAAAACAACCAAUUCGUCUUCGAGCGGAUAUACACCAGCAAGGUUCGCAUGGAGGCUCUGAGGGAUUACCUGGAGAGGAACUCAUGUAUUUCAAGCUUGGCGAUGGCACCCCAUCAAAGUCGGUUUACCAUGCAAGACCAUAGCACAACGCAAGAUCGCUGAGUUACUCGAUGCGUUUCCCAAGCGUGAGACUCUGACGGACGUGUGAGAUGCAAUGCACCGUUUGACGUGGUUGGAGCCUGC